GUGUGCUGGCCGUGUCAAAGUGAAAGCGAACCUUUGUUUGACCCGACCGACACCACUCUCUUCCUCACCUCUUACCUUCUGCACCUGGUUUUUCUGCUUCUUCUGCUCGGCCAUGUACUAGGUUGUGUGGCCACUCUAUCCGUACUUCUCAACCCCCUCUUCCCCCUCCUCUCCUCUUUUCAACAUCCCGUCCCGACCCACGUAUCACCGAUUUACUGAUCGAGAGCAACCUCAUUUACUUCUACCAGGCUUUCUCAUUUACUCCUAUCCAGCAACACGGAGCACGUUGCCUAUUUCUUGCUCGUUUGCCCCUCCCCCCUCGCCCAUUCUCGGAGUCGCCUCCCUACCUACCUUACCUCCCAACCCCACCUUGGCCGAAACGGGGACACCAUCGAGAACAAUCACACCGAUAAAUUUCGAGCCAUCCUAACGCCCCUCUUGGCCCCCUUUCCUGCAGCCACUUGUCGACCUCGGAUACUGUCCAUCACUGCAUCGCCAGAUACUAAAAUUCGCCUCAGACCUCGUCGGCACGCAAGUCGCUCUACAAUCACACACUGACCUCAAUACUCCCGACCAUUCACACCUAGCCCUCGCCCCCCUUCUUCUCCGACCAGCGCCGAUAAUCGCGACUUCAGUGGCAAUCCGGAUUGCUAUACCGAUCAGGCGGCGCGACUACUAUCUUGUAUCUUCCCCAGCCAGUGUUCAGCCUCCUCUUUGCGAUAUAACCGCUGCGCAGCACGCAGCAGUCACGACUGCCGACGGCUUGGAAAUCAGAGACAGCAGGUACAGUUCUAGAUACGGCGCGGGAAAACGCUUCUUCGGGGAGCAUACAACUUUCCUCGACCGGUCAGCAAGGCAUGACAGCGACCUCUUAGUGUACUUCAGCUUCACUUUCGGUUCGUUUCAUUUUCACUCUGCGAGCGAGAAUCCGUAGCCCAACAUGGCCGAUCCUUUUGCGCCUCGAUCUAUGAAGCGCAAGAACGUCAAGGGUCUCGCUUUGACGCCUGCUGCGCCCAAGCCGCCCCCAACCGCUGAAACCAGCAGAGCUGGAUACGAUCCUCGCGAUAAGGAUGGCGGGGACCAGUCGGCGCAGUUGGAAAUCGGCAUCGAGUACAAGCUGGACCUGAGACCAGAGGACCUCGAGAUUCUGAAGGAGCUUGGCUCCGGAAAUGGAGGCACUGUCAGCAAAGUCAGACAUGUUUUGACUGGAACCGUUAUGGCACGCAAGGUUAUCCACGUGGAAGCCAAGAAGGAGAUGCGUAAGCGCAUUGUUCGUGAGCUCCAGAUCAUGCAUGGUUGCUCGUCCGAGUACAUUGUCAACUUCUACGGCGCUUUCCUGAACGAUCACAACGAUGUCAUCAUGUGUAUGGAAUAUAUGGACGUCGGUGCCCUUGAUCGAGUUUCGAAGGUCUUUGGCCCGGUUCGAGUCGAUGUACUGGGCAAAAUCGCAGUGGCGACGCUGGGAGGUCUGACCUACCUCUACUCGAAGCACCACAUUAUGCACCGGGAUAUCAAGCCGUCCAACAUCCUUGUCAACUCCAGAGGAAGCAUCAAGCUGUGCGACUUUGGCGUUUCUGGUGAACUCAUCAACUCCGUUGCAGAUACUUUUGUCGGAACAUCGACAUACAUGGCCCCCGAGCGAAUUCAGGGUGAGAAGUACACAGUCAAGUCGGAUGUCUGGAGUUUCGGUCUCACCAUAAUGGAGAUGGCUAUUGGAAAGUUUCCAUUCAACGCGAGCGAGCAACUUUCGGACGGCGAGUGUGCACCGGCAGGUAUUCUGGAUCUUCUGCAGCAAAUUGUACACGAGCCCGCGCCGAGACUACCAAAGAGCGAUGCAUUUCCCUCAAUCUUGGAAGACAUGAUUCAAAAGUGUCUGUCAAAGGUUCCCGACGAACGGCCGACUCCCCAGGAACUUUUUGACCGUGACCCGUUUGUCCAAGCUGCCAAGAGAACACCGGUCGACUUGAGAGAAUGGGCGGUCGGAAUGAUGGAGAGAGACAACCGCAAGUCUCAUUUGGCACCUCAACUGUCACCGGCCACUCGCGAUCUCCUGAACUCGAGCGACUCGCCGACCUACCAUGGCGGGUCUGGAAAUGAUCGAUCCCUCGACACGCCGACUUCGGGAGAGAUCCCCAUUGCGGGCGCUGGCAUCAUCUCUCCACGAGAACCCGUUAGCCACUCUAAUCGCUCCCCCACUCGAAACGGGCUCAACACCAUGAGCAGUCGACAGCCGGGUGGGCAUCCUGGCAUGGGACAGAGGAUUGUUACAACCAAUUCGAUCCCCAAAGCUGGCGAGUAUCCGAAUAGCGCAGGGCCCGUGAGCGCCAACGCUGCUUCUUUCAGCUUGCCUGUUCGCCCGGCACCUGGCGGCCCCCUGCCGCCGGCCCCUCCACGUAAGAGCACUCCUGACGACCCAAGACGCGAGAACAGGCGACAGGCAACCUUUGGUAUGCCCCCGGCACCCAGGAGCUACGCGAGCGAUGUGUACAAUGGUACCUCCAACUAGUCGCAGGAGGGCUUCAACUAUAUCCAAGGCGAUGUGCCUCAGUCAUACCAAGAAGCAACACCGCAUAAUAGAGCCUUGGGUCGCGCUGUUUCGCUACAACAACCAGAGUCAUCUUUCGAUCUAGGGCUUAGGACCUGCAAUUUGUCUGCGCAGACGGCUUUUCGGCCCGCGUAUGAUAAUCCAGCGGAACGCGCGAUCGCGUCAGCCCCGAUCUACCCGUCUCAACGGGUACCGGCACUCGAUAUCAGAUGCCGUAGAAAGUGUCGCGCAGACAAUGUUGCUGGCUUGGAAGACCCUUUUAUCUAGAAACAACACAAAGACUGUCGGACUUCUAUAUCACCGCGAAGGCCCAACUGCCGGGCAGGUGGCCUGCCCACAGUAGAGUUUUCUUCGCUCUCUUCAUCGGCAUCAUUCGGCGUAUGCAUGGUAUCAUCCUGUCUCUUGCAAAUACGGGCGUCUUGAAGUUGCCGAUGGUUAAGCCAUUUUGCUGGCUUGGACAGAAUGACCUUGAUCGGCUGGGGCCAGGACGGUAUGGAUUUUGUCGCAAAAGGGCCACCCAUGUAAGGGACAACGUAUCUGGCAUGCUUGGAGGACGGAUUUCAUUGGAGGCGUACUCUACUCUCUAGACAAAGUGAUGAACGCUUGGGCAUUCAU